UUGGAUCUUUUGUUUGUUGUGUCAUGCGGUGGAAGCAGGAAGUGGCGACGCUAGAAGUUCCAUCGGGCGCCGUUUAACGGACAACAGCCAGCCUGAGCGACCUGUCCCCCGCAUCACAACACACACAAACACUGGUCCAUGUUUACAGAGACAGGGAGCCAACACCAAAGAUACUAGAGGAGCUCCUCUAGUAUCUUUGGCCAACACUGUGAGCGGGGAAGAUGGCGCGAUUCUUCUCCAACUUUUACCAGGGCAGUAACAGGUGCCUCUGCUGCCACUUCCGAACAGGCUGCAUCAUCCUGACCGCUACUUACACGGUUAUCUGGACUGUAAUGGCUGGAUUUGAACUGGUGAGAUUAUUCAGGCCAGAUUCAAAAGUAGAUGUUUCUGUGGUCGGUAUUCAUUUUGAAGGCUUUUUUCAGGGAGUGGACACUUUUACAUCCCUUAUUUUUGACAUUUUCCUGACUGCUGUCAGUGGCUUGGCAGUUUAUGGAAUUAUUAAGUACUAUCCGUAUUUUCUGAUUCCAUUUAUAAUUUACCUGGUAGUGGACUUCAUCAUCUAUUGCAUAGAAGUAGUUGGCAUCUACGUUGAGUUACCAGAACGCGUACAUGUCAAGUAUUAUGUUAAAAACGUGUUUUUUUUCCCAGAAAAGGAAGCUGUUUCUGGCCCAGGCAGCAGAAGAGCAAUGAUUAUGUUUUCACUUAUGUUCAUAUCAGUUAUGCUUUUAAAGUGCUACUUCAUCCGUGCUGUGUACAAAUGCUACAAGUUUAUUAAGGAUUUGGAACACGAGAGCAGCUUGGUGGACACGCUCCUUGAUCUUCGUGCUCGGACCCGGCCUCCAGCACAUAUUAUCAAGUUGCCAUUAAAUGAGGAGGUUGUAAACAAAACACUAGAAGAAUUGCCAAUGAUGAAGUCUCCAUCUUCCGACACAACAAUGUAUUUAACAGUGGCCUGACAUGAACAUGUGUAUGUUCGGUACCUGUGAAAAAUGUUAACGUGCAGUAUUGCACUGGGUAAAAUCUUGAACUUCAAACAGUUUUUUAUUUGGGUAUAAUGGGUUUUAUAAUUGUUACAUGUGAUCGUUGAGAAUUUUGUGUUGUAUAUUAUAAUCUCAAAACCUACACGUGAGGACAUUUUGAAUGCUUAUGGUUAUUGUCCAUUGUACUUGCUAAACACCUAAUUCUGAUAUUGACAGCUAUUAGAAACCAUACGUGUGUCUGUAAAGUGGCACAUUUAAUGCUAAAAGUUAAAGCCGACUAGUCACACUUUCAGUCCUGGGCCAUGAACAUCCAUUCCUGGGUGCUGCAGGUGUUUUCCAGAUAGUUUAAGACCAUGCCCAUCAAACUAAACAGCAGCCUGAAAAUUCUGAAAUAAAAUGCAAAACACUGGGAUUAAUCAGCAGAUUCAGCGAGCUAUAUCCUAUGAAUUCCAGACUGCAGAGAACAACUCCUUUUAGAAAAGGAAUCAACAGGUCAUCAGGAAUGAAUUAUAAGCGGAUAAUAACCACACAUUUCAAGUUUUCUCCCUCUUCCGGUACUAAUACAAUGGUUUUUUUCUCCUAUAGUGGUUCCGUUUGAGCUGAGAAAGAUCCAUUUCCCAUUAUGUUUUUCUUUAUCUACUACUUUUUAUUUACCAUACCUACUGACACCAAAGUAUAGUCAUCAGAUGAUGGCCACAACUCAGGAAUGAUUUCCUAGCAGCUUGGAAUGUUGCAGUUGACUAAAAAAAUAAUUACAGCCUAAUUCAACAACUAUUAAGAUUUUUAAACAAUCAUUUUCUCAUGGACUAAUAUGCAAUUUGUGGAAUACUGGAGAAGCACCUGAAUCAUAAUGUAUAGCACAAGCUGCUUUAUCUGCCUCCAGUACUGUCAUACGUUACUCAGACAGAAAGGGUUUGCAUGUUUGCCUGUAUCAGACUUUGAUUGUAGAAGUUUGAAGCUUCAGUGGAUUUUUGUCCAGUCUCAAUAAGUCCACCAAUUGAGCGACGACACAACAGAACCCAUUUGUCAUGCGAGCUCCCUGUUUGCGGGACUUAGUAAGCAGAUUUCAAUCGGCUAGUUGAGAGAAAAAGCAGAACUUAAAUAUUGUAAUCCUUUAUUCAAAAUAACAAAGUUGCUCAUGUUUGAAAUCACAAUUGGCUACCAAAUAUUUGAUCCAUGAUGACCACCUGAGAAAGGCAUCUAGAUGUCUUUCUGCUAAUUAGUUAGAAUUUGAGCUUAAAUAACAUCUUCAAACAUAUUUGAUUUUUGUCACUAUUUACGAAAGCUUCACGUGCUUUCAAUACUUAUCACAAUUUUCUGACUAAAUUUAGUUUUAAACCUUGGAAUCCAUAGCUUAAGUAUUUAAUUAUUUUCUAUUUAUUACCCAUAAUUUUCUCUUUCUAUAAUAUGUGCUUUAAGUAAAGUUCCUUGUUUAUCAGUGGAAUGGACCAUUUAAAAGGAACAUUGGCUUGAUUAUUAUUUUUUAAUUGUUCAAACUACACAACUUGAGAAAAGAUAGGGAAGCAUUGAAGUGGCGAGAUGUAAAUGUGCCCUUUUAAAUUUGACUGUAAAAUUGUACAAAUAGAAUAUAAUCUUUCUUGGUAUAUUUGUAGCUUUCUAUAUCAUUUUGAAAUCUGUGGUACUAUAUGUUAUGGCUGAACUGUGGCAAUUGCAGUUGUCCUCGCAUUUAGUGCAAUCAGUAACAAAUCAUCUGUUUUAGCUGGUUCUUCUGUACAAUGAGCUUAUUUAAAUAAAUUAUACAAGCAAUACAAAUUGUUUUGAGUUGUGCAAAAAUCCGUUAUGUUGGAAACUUGUAGUUGAUGAAAAAGCUGUAUGUACAAAAUGCACAAUCUGCACAUUUAUAUUAUUCCUGUUUAGAAAGGAACUGCAGAUACAGUUUAAACUGAAGAUAAACACAAAAUGCUGAAGUAACUCAGCGGGACAGGCAGCAUCUCUGGAGAAAAGGAAUAGGUGACGUUUCAG